GGGCAGGUGCAGGCUCGGGCACGGGCUUCCCAUUGGCAGCUGCCGCAGCCGCUGUAGCCUUGGCUCUGGGGCCGCCCGCCUUCUCCCCCUCCCGCUAGACACAGGUGGGAUGAGCGCGAGCGGCGGCGCGCGCUGCGUGUGUGGCUCAGCCCGUCCCCUCCAGCGGGCGGGGGAGCUGCCGCGGCUUACGGCGGCUGUGGUGGCGGCGGCAGCAGCGGGUCGUGCCCAGCUGGGGGCUCGCCCGGGGGAGGCAGGCAAGGAGGCUCCAUGCAGGCGGGCAGCGCUCAGAUUAUUGCCCUUUGUGGAUAAAAGAUGUAUCAUGGAAUGAACCCGAGCAGCGGGGAUCCGUUCCUAGAGAAGCAGCAGCAGUACCCGUCCCCCCGGAGACUCUUCGUGGUGGUCUUGUGGCUUCAGCUGGUGCUGUGCUUCGGCCCUGCACAGAUCACGGGCGCCUGGACUGUGCCUGAUUCUGGAUUUGAUGAUUCCAUAAGAAAUCUUUCUCAGGUUGCCAAGCAAAGAUUUGAUGACCUCCAUGCUUGUGCUGAUCCUGGAGUCCCUGAACACGGAUACAAGACACCCAGUGCAGGUGUUUUCUUUGAAAGCGCUGUAGUCCGGCUUCACUGUCGAGAAGGAUACAGGCUUAAGGGUCCUUCAAAAAAGAUUUGUGUGAGACAUUUUAAUGGCUCCUUGAGCUGGAAACCAAGCGAUAAACCUGUGUGCCUACAAGAAGUCACAGAUUGCCUCGUUCCACAUGUUGAAGAUGCAGAGGUUCAUAACAAGACAUACAGGACUGGAGAUAAGUUAAUAAUCAGUUGUCAUGAAGGAUUCCAGAUCCGUUACCCUGACUUAGACAACAUGGUUUCAAUAUGUCAAGAUGAUGGAAUGUGGGAUAAUCUGCCCAUUUGUCAAGGUUGCCUGAGGCCAUUGGUUCUUCCUCAUAGUUACAUUAACAUAUCUGAGUUCGAGUCCUCCUUCCCAGUAGGAACAGUGGUAUAUUAUCAGUGCUUUCCUGGAUAUAAACUAAAGGGGACAAAGUUCCUUGAGUGCAUGUAUAACCUUAUCUGGUCACAUAGCUCACCUAGGUGCCUUGAUGUGGAAGUUUGUCCACUACCUCCAAUGGUGAUUCAUGGAGAUUAUAUUUGCCACCCGCGGCCUUGUGAGCGUUAUAACCAUGGAACUGUCGUUGAAUUCUAUUGUGAUCCUGGUUAUACUCUUACCAAUGACUACAAAUACAUCACCUGCCAAAAAGGAGAAUGGUUUCCCUCAGCUCAAGUAUACUGUGUCAAAACAGAGCAAACCUGGCCAAAUACACAGGAAACCCUCCUGACUACAUGGAAAAUAGUGGCAUUUACUGCUACCAGCGUUCUACUGGUACUUCUGUUGGUUAUUCUAGCCAGGAUGUUCCAGACCAAAUUUAAGACGCAUUUCCUUCCAAGAGGUGCCCAGGAGAGUUCCACCAGCGACCCCGACUUUGUGGUAGUGGAUGGUGUUCCUGUCAUGCUCCCUUCCUAUGAUGAAGCUGUGAGCAGUGGUUUGAAUGCCUUGGCACCGGGAUACUCGUCUUCUGCAGCCCAGGGGCAUGUUUUCCAGGCAGAAGAUCAGAACCCUCCAGCUUAUCCUGGCCCAGGAGAGACAGACACAUUACCUGCUGAAUUUGAGAGCUGUGAUAGCAUAUCAGGCUCCUCCGAACUUCUCCAAAGUUUAUAUUCAUCUUCUGUGUGCCAAAUGUGCGUGCAUCCUAUUUCAGAUAGAACUGAGGUGAUCAAUAGCACCACUGGGGAGGCUGCAUCCACAAGCCCAAGUAUCGAUAUUGCAGAUGAAAUUCCAUUGAUGGAAGAAGACCCUUAACCAGCACAAAUUUUGUUCCUUAUAUGAUCACACUGGGCAAAAUGAAUCAUGCACAUAUAUAUAUACAUACAGAUAGAGAGAGAAAAAGACUAUUUAAAGAUUGGAAGGAGGGUAUUUUUCCUAUUUUUUGAUCUUCCGUGUGAUGAUGUCACCAGAUUGUGUGCACAUCUCAAUCAACUGUGUGGUUAACAGCAUCAGCAAUUGAACAGCAGGUUUGUGAAAUGAAUCCUGGGGAUUUGAUGAGACCAUUUGCCGAAAAAGAAACAUUAAUUUCAGUUCCAAGAAUUCAUAGAUCUCUGCAUUGCAGGAAGUUGGAUAAUUCUGUAGAAACACUGUUGAAUUUUGAUACAAGUACUUACUGCCUCAUAAAAGCAUGUCAGAUUGUGUAGAUUUGCUUACAAAGGCUGCUCUAUACUAUCUGUGGACCCUGGUUUGUGAAGGAUUAUUAUAAUUUUUUAAAAAAUCAGUGUUGAAAUCUGAAAAAAGAAAACAAUCUCCUUUGAAUAUCCUGUAUUAACCAGGCUUUUAAGAGGAAGCCAUUGUUUUUUCUUCCUAACAUCAUUUCAGACCUUGUCUGCAGAAAACAUAACAGAAGAGAUGGGACUCAUAUAAAUUUUGACAUUAUGAUAACAAAUAUAAAUAUAUGGGUGUGUGUGUGUAUAUGUGUAUGUGUAUGUGUGUGUAUAUAUAUAUAUAUAUAUAUAUACACACACACACUUUUAAAGAAAAUUAAAAAGAAAGGGAAAGACAUGAUCUGGAGAUUUUUUUAAAGUAAAGUAGGAUUUAUAUAAUAUAUAAUGUACAAGGUAAAGUAUCAAUAUUUGUAUUUAUGCAGCUUAUACAUUACAUUUGAUAAACCCUGUUAUGUUAUGAAUGGAUUUAGAAAGUGUUAAAAUAACAAGGUCAUGAUGAAGGAGGUGUUGAACUACUGUCUUGUUUCCCCAUUUCUUACACCAUCCCAUACAUAUAUACAUAGGUUAUUCUACGGCCAAAUCCCAAAGCACUACAGUGUCCCUACUGUAUGGGGUAAUACUCUGGGUCAUUACUGUAGAAUACUAUAGUACUUUUUUUUCUUUUAAAGGGGCAUUACCUGUAUUUCAGUCCUUUUUUUUUUUUAUUUACCAGCUUGUAUCCAGUUGACCUUCAUAGAGCUUGUUAUUACUAACCAAGUGCUCUGCUACCAUGUUAGCUUCCAUGCAGGAACAUUUGAAAGGAAGGAAGGACAACGCAGUCAGCUUGAAAUGCACUCAUCACGGAUACAAAUAGACAGAGUGAUAUUGUUUUAAAGAAAAUGCACAGUGCUCAGAGUGCUGUUGAAAUUUGAUUUCCUCCUUUGCAAGAACGGAAUACCAUGCCUCAUGAUCCACUUGUGGCUCCAUUUCUCUCCUCCUCCUCCUCAUGUGGAGCUGGGGCACAAUCUAACCACUGCAAACAAAUCAUGUAUCUACGGUACGUUCCUGGGAGGAUUAUGUGAUACAUUAUUUGUAAGGAAUAUUCCUCCCUGCUUCAACUUGGCUAUUCAUUUGCCAAGCAAAUUUUCCAUCUCGUUUCUAGCAUUGCACACUUGAAAUAAGAACCUUAUGUUAAGUUUACAAUGGUUUAAACCAGGGGUCUCCAAACUACGGCCCAUGGGCCGGAUCCAGCCCGGGCUUCCAUUUGUCCAGCCCUCCAACCAACGGGGAGAGGCGGCGAACAGCUGAGUAGGCACGCCGAGCUGGCAGGGGGAGGGCUGCCAGCAGCAGCUCACGUGGGCGGCAGCACAUCUGAGCUGUGGGGAGGGGUGAGUGCCUCUGGGAGCCAGUGUUCCCCCAGAAGGGGAGACAACUUAGGGGACAGUCGUUCCUGCAGCUGAGCAGGCACAGACCCCUGCCUUAGAGUAAAAAUACAAGCCAGAUGCUUGGAGUAAAGAAGAGGGAUAAUUUCAUAAUGGUUAAAUUUUAACUACAGCACUAAUAGAACCAAACAGUCCCAACCAACAAUGGGAACCUGGAGCUUCUCUUACCAAAGUACAGCCAAACUUUCAGUCCUUUGUCAUUUUCUUCAGCAGAGCAGGCACGCCUAGCAGGCACAGGGAGAAGGGAGCAGGCAGGGGGCACAGCAGACCCAAAAAGGGGAGCCAACUUACAGUACCUGCAUCGAUUAACUUUUAUACCUGAUUUAGAAUUUAAUACAACACUGACACAGUAGAGUAGUGUUGUUUUUUUAACAAUUUUGCAUAUAUUUAAUUUCUUUCACAGUUGCUUCGGCCCACGAAGCCCCUUCAGAAAUCUAAUAUGGCCCUCGUCUCAUAAAGUUUGGAGACCCCUGGUUUAAACAAUAACUCACUGUUGUCUUGACUGAGACAGAUUGUUAUCUGUGUGGGCUAGCUGAAAGAAAGAAAGCAAUAUAGCAAUAGAUUCUAGUUUCAAUUGCAGUAGAACAAAUCAGGAGUAUUUCUAUUAUUAGUCACUCCAUAUUAUACCGUUGUUUUUGUUCAUUUAUUUAUUUAUUUGUGUUGUGAAAGCAGCUAGAGGUCCCAGACAUCAAUCAGAGCCCUAUUGUGCCAGGCACUGUACAAACAUAGAAGGAGGAGAUGGUCCCUGCCCUGAAGAGCUUACAGUCUAAGUAUAUGAUGAGACAAUAGGUGGAUACAACAAACAGGGAGAGGCAGCAGAGUGUAAGAUUGAGACAAUGAUUGUUAUGAUCUCGGUUGCCCCAGUCUGAGAUCAGAAUCUCUAAAGUAUGAUGUUGAAAGGUAAGAUGCAUACAGUAUCAUCUUUCAUUGUUGCUUAAAUGAGACCUGCAAAUUGCUUUGACGGAGUUCUCUGUUGUAUCAAUAUCUGAGAUUUGCCCCAUGCGCAGGCCAUGAGGACAUUCCCACCAUGUCCAGCUGUGCUUAUAUUGCCAAUUCCUGGUUCUGUUUGCCAUCCCAGCAUAUAUACUGUGUGGGUGAUGUGAUAUCAAGCAAGGAAGACCCUCUGGAACACAGGGUUAAUUAAAUGAUUUCGUUUUAUAGUAUUGUUGCACAGAUUUGCAAAAUAUUAACCAUAUUACAAUUAUCCUAUAAAAUAUAGUGAAAUCUGUUCUUGCUGCUAUCCACAGUCCCCUGUGUUAACAGUUUGCAAAAUCUCAAUCCUUGUGAAAUUAUUUACUUCCUGUAUGUUAACUCCUACUGUGGUAGCUGCCUGGUUAAUGUAUGUCUGCCUGUCCGCAGACUGCCAUUGCUCUGUCCAUUGUAUUGCAGUCAGCCUGCUGAGGUGGUCAGAAAGGGCAGCUGGUUCCAAACUUGAAAAUUUAUUUUUCAAAUAAAGAAUUUAGCUCAAAACACUUUCAAAGUAUCAGUAGAGAGUUAUGGUUUAUUGGACCAUUUUUCUUUAUAGACCUGAAAAUGCAAUAGAAAACAUGUAUAAGUGAAAGCUGCCAAUUAGUCUUUUGGUAGUGGUGCUGUGCUGAAUUAAAUGUGGCCCAAAAGAGAAAAAAAAUUGAGUUUGUCCCCCGUUUAAUUCUUUAUGAUAUACAAGAUAGCCUGAAGGAUUUUUCCAGAUGUUUUGUUGCUUGCUUGCUUAACAUUUUGUUCUGAUUGUUUACAUUGGAGUGGAAUUGUAAAGAGAGUUAUAUGCAGCAGUGUUGAGCAUGUUUGAAAAUUCCCCCCUUGAAAUCCAGGUCUUAUGUUUUUUCUUGGAAGACACGUUAGGUCACUGGAGAACUGGUAAGAUGAUACUAUGCUUACCUGGCAAGUGAAAGCAGAUUGGGAGGGUAAGGUAUUCUUAUUGUGGUUAAAGAUUCCGCACGCAAGCUCCUUCAUUUAAGGGUUAAGAGCUCACAACCUACGUUUCUGAGAUCUCCAGGAAAACCAAGAAAGAGCAGACUUGACAUUCCUGAAAUUUCUAAGGUGAAAAAUAAGCAGGAAAAAAUAUAUGUUGUAGAGAGGGCGAGAGACAAUCAUUUCUUCUUUGAGGAGUGUCCCUAUGGGUGCUCCGCUGUAGGUGUCUGCACCCCUGUGACUUUAGUCGGAGAUUUUUGGUAGCACUGUCCGUUGAGCACACACAUGUGUUCUCCUCCCCCCCCCCGCAUCUCCCAGGCUAUCUAGCACUGCACCGGCGAACCCCCCUCUUACUUCCUUCUCAGCCCCCGGCACUGGAAAAACAUGGGCUCCCAGUCGUUGGCCAGGCCAGCCAGAGGGGUUCCCCGGUGCAGCCACCUCCGUACGGCACCAGCAGCUCCGAAGUAUGGUACUCAGAAGGGGGCCUCUGCUGUGAGCUCUACUCUCUCCCACAUCGGCUGCACCACCUGGAGACAGACAAUUACCGUACCAUCUCUAAAAGAGCAGCACAGAAAAAACCUUUGGUACCAGGUGCGACGAAACUCCAUCAUCGUGGACAUGGUUAAUGCACGAAGCAAGCAACAUCAUGCCAAAUCGACCCCAUAUGAUUGGGCUUGGCAGGAUGGCAUAUUUGUCGGCAACAUUACCAUUUAGAAUCACGAAUUACCAAACUCAUGGCCAAAUACAAUUUUAUUAAUUAUGGGAAACUAAAUGCGUUUCUGGAACAUUUACUGGAGACACAAAAUGAGCAGUUCCAGACCAUUCUUAGAGAGGGUCAUUUAUUAGCCAAACUGGUGCUAGAGGCAGCACUGGAAGUAGCUGAUACAGUGGCCUGCCCGGUCUCCAUGACAGUGGUACUGAGGCAGGCUUCUUGGCUACACUUUUCUGGGUUGCCCAAAGAGAUGCAGAAGACUUCCAGUUUGAAGGGCCGAAACUCUUCAUGGAGAAGACAGAUACUUCUCUCCACAUCCUGAAGGAUUCCCAGGCCACAUCACACUCCCUAGGAAUCUGUACUGUGAGACAGAAGAGAAGAUAUACCUCUCAGCCACAGCACAGGUCACAACCUCCUCAAUACCCACCAUCUCAGCACUGUUAGGACCUGCAACGUAAGAGGACGAGGGCUCAAAAACAGAAGCAUUUCGCACCCCAAUCCGUGACUGCCUCUCAAUCCGCCUCCUUAAGCACUUUUGACAGGCUGACUGAGGGCCUGAACAAUUAUAUCUUGCAACAUCAGCUGCCAUCUACACAUCUGUCACGCCCCUUCAGAAAUUGCCUGGCCCUUUUUCACAGCAGUUGGGAGAAUAUCACCUCUGACAGAUGGGUCCUGGAGAUUAUUUCAAAGAGUUAUACCAUUCAAUUCAUGUCCUGCCCCCAUUCCAACCCUCCUUCCCUGUCCCCCUUCAGUUCUGAGAAACCCUUUCUCACGAGAACCUACGUCAUCAGGAAAUAUAUAAUUUGUUAUGCCUGGGGGCCACAGAACCAGUCUCAGUGCAAUUCAGGAACAAGGGGUUUUACUCUCAUUAUUUCCUGAUCCUCAAGGUGAAGGGAGGUUGGAGGCCCAUUCUAGUUAUAAGGGCAUUAAACAAACACUGGAAGGCACAGACGUUCAAGAUAGUGAUGCUAACCACCAUUAUUCCAGCUCUAGAGCAAGGAGAUUGAUUUCCAGCUUUCAACCUACAAGAUGUCUACUUCCAUAUCUCAAUACAGCCAUCGUACAGGAGAUUUCCUACAGUACACCUGCUCUGCCUGGAACUGCUCCCUUGAUGCUGGAGACACUAGUUCCUUGCUGGGUUGUGGACUUGGGCUUAGUCCCACUGGAAGCGAUGCAGGUGAUGGGGGUUCUCUGUCGACUGUGAACCACUCUCCGCUGGUGCACUAGGUGGUAUUUGAGGCUCCAGUUGAGCCUCUUGCACCAGUUUAGCUGCUGCUGCAGGUGCAGGCUCUGUGGUGCCCUCUGGUGCUGGCUCCCCUGACUCUGGUGGGGUUGCAAGCACGGACUCUGGUGCUGACGGCUCCGCCAGGUCUGAUCCUUGGACUGGCUCUGGCUGGGUCCCACAAACUGGAGCUACAACCUCUGCUAUAGACUCUGGUCUGGGGUCUGGUUCUACCAACUCUGGCUGGGUCCCCGGGCCUAUAGUAUCAGGGGACACAGACUGGGUCCUUUUAGGAGGCUUAGGAAUGGAGUUAGGUGUGGAGGCCUGUUUAGCCUGGCUGCGGGUGACCAUCCGUACCCUUUUUGUUAACCUCACAUGGCUGGUUAAGUCUUCUCCCAGCAGCAUGGGAAUGGGAUAAUCAUCAUAGACUGCAAAGGUCCGCAUUCCUGACCAGUCCUUGUCUGUAGGCAAGUUAAGAGUUGGCCUUAAAGGGUUGCACUGUCACUUGGGCCUCUGGGUUGAUGAAUUUGGGGUCCACCAGGGAUUGGUGGCUAGCUGACAUGUGUGCUCCAGUUUCUCUCCACGCUGUAAUCUUCCGCCCGCACUCAGUUUCCCUUCGAUCUGGGGGUAUUUGCGAGACAUCUGGGCCUGAAGGCUCUUGGUGGGACCCCGGGAUGAUGAGUUGCAGUCAGCUAGUGCUCUUGGGGCAGUAGGCCUUCACAUGCCCCAGCUCGUUACAUUUAAAGCAUUGCCCAGCUGAGUGUGGGCUGGGGUGAGGUGGGUGGUUGGAGAGUGGGGUGGUAGGACGAUAGGGCAUCUGGGGUCUCCCUGGCUGUGUGGAGGGCUUCUCCUUGUGAGAUGGGGCCUUGGGCUCAUUCCGAUGGUGGGUGUCAUCUUGGGUUGCCCCUUCUGGUACCCCCAUCAACUGCUACUAGCUAUCUUCUUCUCUGCCACCUCCACCCAUUUGGUUCCGAUCUCCCCCACUUCGAUUACAGUUUUGUGCUUCCCAUCUAGGAUGUACCUUUCUAUUUCCUCAGGAACACCCUCUAAGAACUGCUCCAUUUGCAUUAGGAGAGCCAGAUCUUCCUGAGACUUAACACUUGCUCCUGAUAUCCAGGCAUCCCAAUUUUUUACAAUGUGGUAGGCGUAUCGGGAAAAUGCCCUAUCUGGUUUCCACCUUAGGGCUCUGAACCACCAACGGGCAUGCUCGGGGGUUAGCCCCAUCCUAAUUCUGGCCUUGUGUUUAAAAAGUUAGUACUCGUUCAUGUGAUUUUUAGGCAUUUCAGCUGCCACCUCUGCUAAGGGUCCACUGAGUUGUGGCCUUAGCUCCACCAUAUACUGGUCUGUCGGGAUGUUGUACCCAAGGCAGGCCCUUUCGAAAUUUUCUAAGGCCUCUGUAUCAUCGCCUACCUUGCAUGUGGGGAAUUUCUUGGAAUGGGGAGUGGUACCUGGAGGAGGACUAUUAAGGCUACUUGGCUGACCCAGCUUAGUCCUUUCCAGCUCUAAGUGCUUCAGCUCUGUCUCCGCUUCUAAGCGCUUCGCCUCCAUUUCCGCCUCCAAGCGCUUCAUCUGUAGGAAGAAAUUCCUGUCUUCCAUAGUUAGAACUCAGUCUGGGUUAAGGGCAUCCCUCCAUCUUGGCACCUGGAUCUCGAGUUGGGGAGGGCUGACCAUUCCCUCUGGGGAAAACUCCAGUCCCCCACCCCCUCCCUGCAUUUCUGUCAUGGAGCUGGAUGUCUGGGCUUGAUCUGGGUCUGUCUUCUCUGUGGCGUGCCGCUUUGGGAAAAGUACUCCUUUUCUUUUUGCGAAUACAGACUAACACGGCUGUUACUCUGAAACCUUUGGGAAGACUGGUUGCUGUAGGGUUUCAGUGCCUGACUGCAACCUCAUGCACAGGGCUGCCCUACUCUAGCCUAGCUAUUUCGUUGCCACAAAACCAGAAAAAAAAAUAAACUGCUUGUUGGACUCCCUGGCUUUGCAGGCUGAACCCUUUGCAUGCCUGUUCCCCCUCAGGCAGCAAAGAAAAGAGGAAAAAAAACUCCCUGGCUUUGCAGGCUGCCAAAAGGAAAAAUGUGUUCUUUUAAAAUCCUGAGGUCUGUGCCUCUGGUUCAAAAUGAUCCCACGACUGCAACCAUGUCAAGGCUAAUUCCCCACUCUGGCACUAUGAGUGCAGAAGGUGGGGGUCCGCAAGGAUUCUAAAAAUUAAUAAAAAUAACGAGGAGUCCUUGUGGGACUUUAGAGACUAACAAAUUUUAUGGGCAUAAGCUUUCGUGGGUUAGAACCCACUUCAUCAGAUGCAUGGAGUGAAAAUACAGGAGCAGGUAUACAUGAAAGGAUGGGGGUUGCUUUAUCAAGUGUGAGGUCAGUCUAACGAGAUAAAUCAAUUUACAGCAGGAUACCGAGGGAGGAGAAAUAAAUUUUGAAGUGGUAAGAGAGUGGCCCAUUACAGACAGUUGACAAGAAGGUGUGAGUAACAGUAGGGAGAAAUUAGUAAUGGGGAAAUUAAGUUUAGGUUUUGUAAUGACCCAACCACUCCCACUAGAGGUUCCCAGAGGCUUUGGGGCAGAGAUGCACUAUAAGUAAGUAUUGUUUUGGUACAGGUGUGGGAAUUUUGCAAACUCAAUUUUAUAGUCACUUUUAAAGAAAUAACAUCAAUCUAGCCAGUUUCAAAAACUGGUUAAAAGUCGUUCCAGAAGCUACAGCUCCUCUGCAGUCCCUCUGCCAGCUUCCAUGGUUUGAUAAUGUCCUGUUUUGAAAAAAAAAUGUUUCUCUCCUGUGUCAAUAUGUGAAAGACCCACCUAGCGAGAGGAGGAAUGCUGGAGCAGGUGGCACACGCAGUGCUGCCAAAUGUAGACUGAAAAAACAGAAACGUGUUACUGUCAUCUCCAGUAUCGUCCUCUUGAGUGGUAGUUGCUAACCAUUUGGAGACAGAAGUGUAGUUGCUUAUAGCAGACAAACCUCUCUGUAAGGAUGGUGGGUUACUCCUCUCAUAUUGCAGCGUACAUUGGUACUGAUGUGUUAACUAAGACGCCAACCUUUAACAUAGAAGUAAGAAGAGGAGAUCCAACAGGUUUGGUCAGAAAAAUGUAAACAGAGGUGUUCUGAGGCCUCAUUCUGAACCAGUGGGCAUCUGUAUCUUUGCUGAUGUCAUAUCUGCCCCUGAAAAAAAAUUCUCAAAAAUAACAGUGUCAGGCAAAUUUGACUGGCCAACUCUCAGACAUUUCCAGAAGUGUGUCAGAUGUACUGGCUCAAAGGAUUUAGGAGAAAUAACUGGGCUUAGCCCAGGUCCCAUCAUUUCAGCCUGUUUUCAGUGUUGUUUGUAUAGGAAUGUAUCCUGUGCAUUGUCUUCUGGCAUGUUCACCAUCCCUUUGGUGUUUAUACAGAUUCCAGCCGGAGCUGUACUCCAGUUCAGCAAUGGAAGUAUUCCAUAGACCUGGACUCCACUAAGAGCCUCUGAGUGUAACCCGAGCCCCACUGCUGCCAACGGGAGCUUUGCCAUUGACUUCAGUGGGACCAGACUUUCACCCUAAAUCAAAUCUGAGAUUGUGUUAAUCUGCUCUUCACUUUCAGUUUCGGCUGUUCCAUAGAUGCAGGGCUCUUUGCUGGAAACUCCCUGUGCACAUUGUGAGGUUAUUCACCCUCCGCAUUUAGCUGAAGACAACAGUUUCAGAGUGCAGAGCCACAGUGAAGACAGCAGUUAGAUUAUUGAAGUGGUCAGAUUAUUGUCAGGUUUGUGCAGAAUGUUCCUCCCCUCAGCAUUGUUCUGGUUCCAGAAAAGGAGUUUCAUAAGGCUGCCCAAUCCUCUCUGCUUCCUUAUGCAGAGGUUAGCCAGUAUGCCACAUUAAAGCCAAACCUGGACCGAGGGGAGAGCAGCACACCUGUGGCUUUCUAAACAUGGAGCUCCUGUCUUUUGAUCUCUUUUGGAUUCUGGGGGAGCAGACAGGGAGGAACCAGAGAGCAGCUUCUCUGGAUCUCCAAGGGCACAUCUGCUCCAAAACUAAUACUGGUUGAACCAGUAGCAAAUCCCACUGUGCAUCUGUAAUACCCACCCCUUGCAGGCUGCUUCUGGGGGAGUUAUGCUUCCAUGGCAGAAAGACGGGCCUUGCUUUGCCCUGUCCUGUUUCAGGUCAUUUUAUGCAUGCUCCUUCCCUCUGCAGGUAACAUGAGGGAGCUAACCUAGCAUAACAGCCUAGUCCUUCCGCUUUCCCAUCUGUGCCCCAGAAUAAUUCGUAGAAAACUCCUCAGUAGGAACUCCUGUAGUAUCCUUCAUGCUCGUUAGGAUUUUCCCUAUACGGAAGCAAUGUGGCCCAGACUUUCCAGAUACACCUUUUCCAUGAGUGGAAGAGACAAUAUUUAACAAUAACAGAAAAUGCCCCCACCUGCUGGCUAGACUCUCUGUGUGUGUCCUGCACAUUAACACAGCUGAGACUCAAACUAGGACCCUUGUGAUCUGAUGGUGGCAGCUUUCCUUUGCGAGUCAGAAAGAAAUCCCCUAAUGGACAAGGCAGAAUGAGCUGGGCUAAGAUCCAUGUAGUGAUUAUUUGAUAACUACAGGAACAAGAGAUCCAUACAAUAACUUAUUUGAAGCAGAAGCCUGCAGAAUAGAUGGUUUAAAAGCAAAGAAGACCAGUGGAAACACCCUAGCAGGGGGCUAUGGGAAGGCCUUGGGACUGAUUAAAAAUGAAAUAAAGGCACAAAGAGAAAGAGAUUCUAUGAGAAUAUGCUUCAGGUACCUUGGGCAGAUUCAGUUCUUCACUCUUGCCUCUGCACUUCAUGGUGCAUGAAUUAGCUCUGCUUGCAGCAGUGAUUCUUGUCUGCCAUGGAUGAGACUUUCUUUGUGCUCAGAUGAAUUUCCUCCAUCUUUCUAGAUUUGCUUUUUCCUUCCCCUCUGCUUUUUUCUUCUUCUUAGUCUUUCCUCUUUGCUUUCUCUGUCCCCUCUUCACAGUGUUACUUCUCUUUCUCAGACAAGAUGCUGGGAAGUGAAAUUAGUUUGUUGAUAUCAGGCUGUUUCUAGAGGCAGAGUUUUCCCCAUCACAGCACCUCAUUGACAUUCUCAGAAGAGAAGACUGAAUAGGUCAUGGAGAUUGAAUGACCCACUGCCCGAAGAAAUGCGCCAUGGAGAUCAUGGUUGAAGCACAGUGAGGGUUGCUUGUGUUACGGCAGCCCAUGCUUUAUCUGCUCUGACGCUGUCAGUCCCCUGGCCCAUCAAUCCAUGUGAACAUAUACACACAAAGAAGUAUUGGCCAAGAUUUUCAAAGAGUGACCAGUGCUUUUGGGUGCCCAACGUGAGACACUUUUAAAGGGGUUGAUCUUCAGAAAUCUGCAAAUCAGGCUUGAAAAGCUUGGCCACUGGACACAGCAGAACAGUCCAUCCAGCUAUAUCCUAUUGCUGCUUGGUUCGUUUCUUAAUAGAAGAAUAAUUGUGCUUUUAUUACAACAAGCAGCUGAGAAUUUGUUAGUUACUAUGUUGUUACGUUUACAUCCAACUUUUGCCAAAACAAGACUAGGUUAGUUUUCUACUGCUCCUUGCCCUCAGCCUCUGGCUUCUGAGAGUCUAGUGCUGGAUGAAUGCCACUCUUAACUCUGUGUCUCAGAACCCACACCUGUUCUCUCUAGAGUAUUUACACUUCUCACCUUUGUCCUUGUGUUAUCUCUCUGGCAGCACAUUUGCCCAUCUUGAUUUUGCUGCUAUCUGAUAUUUUAGUGGGAAUGCAAUGUCAACUGAUGUAUUUUUUUAUAACCGUAUAAUUACUGCCUCUCAACAAGGUGCUUGGGGCAAAAGGUCUUUCUUAGAACAUUGGGAUGAUGCAACAGUCAAGAAUUUCAGAGUUAGCAUUCCAAAGGGCUGGGCAGUUUCUAUUACAAAUACAUUUCACUGGUGGUUUGUGGUAUGGGCGGGUCUCUCUUUUAUGAGGUGGGGAAAGAAUUGCUGAGCAAAGCUGUGCUGUUCUGCAUCCACACCACUAGGACACAGCUUGAUACCACAAGAAAUACCAUUAACGGUGCAUCUUCACGCAAUAGAUUUCUUUAGUCUGUAGAUCUGAUAAUACCUGCAAUUUUAAAUCCAGUUUUUAUAGGAAACAGAAUUGUUACAGUCUAUGGCUCCACUAGGAGGAAACCAAACAGGGGCCAUUCUCCACUGACCAUGUGCUGCUCUAUACUGUGUCACUAACACUGCUUGUUUAAUAAAUGGAGUGUUACAAUCCCCAGUGAAAUUGUUCAUUUACAUUAUAGUCUAUGGCUGAAUUGCCCUCCCCAUUCUGUGAUUCCUUCUAGAUCCUUUUUCCUGUGCUGCCUGUUUAAAUCUUGCAUCAGAAGUUCACUGCACCCUCAUCAACAAAUAUGCUAUGAAGGAUUCUUCAGGCCAGUCCUACAAGGUGCUGAACGCCUUCAGCUCCCAUUGGUUUCUCAGCACCUCUAAGGAGGGCCCUGAAAUUGUUACUUCAUUUAAAAAAAACUAAACUGCACAUUAGACAUUGAGAUUGAGCCUGAUCUUCUUCCUAUUCUUUUUCAUUUGUUUAAUUUUAAAUUUAAAAAUUAACAUCAACACAUUCAAGAAGUAGCUAAGGAAGCCAACUUUAAAGCAGAUCAGACUCACGGUCAAAAUUAGAGCCCAGAAAGAAAAAGUCACUCGUUAAGAAGAGUCAAUACUAGCCCAUAACUACUGAAAUCUGAAAGCUUAAUGCAAGCUGUAUCCCUACAUUAAUUGCUAGUGUUUAUAAGUGCUUUUGCUGGAAAGAUACAACUUCUGCAAUGUAGUUACAUAUUUAUACUCUGUACAAUAGAUCUGUACGCUUACAAAGGUGGGCCUGUGUCUUUGGCCACCAGUCAGAAGGGAGCUGUGUGUAAUAUUCACAAGUGCAAUACAAAUAAAACACAUUUGUGAACUUUGA